UCAAUGAAAUGGAUGCAUUACUAUUUGCACUGACUUUGGAAGUAGUUCUAUUACAAAUGCGGAUCCUCGAGGGCACUAGCGAGUUGCGGACUCGGAAGAAAACAGCUACCAAAUCGGAAAAAGCUCAGCGUUACAAACUUGAGAGGGACCGACAAACAUUAAAAGACGUGGUACGAAGAACAAUAUUGGAGAUUGUAGAGAACGGCCAGUGGUCCACCCUUCAGGAUGCAGUGCAGAUGCUUCAUGAGGAGACGUCUUACCCUGUCAAGUUGCGUUUGAAUUAUGAACAUCUGAGAGAGUCUCUUGCUGCAAUCAUGAGUGAGCUGGUGGCGAAACAAUCACAAAAUGUACUUGAACUACGCAAUGCCGAUCAAAAGAUUGCCUAUCUUCGUGACGAAACUAAGGAUGAUCUACAAAACGCUAAUGCCAGGUUACUCUACGUAGACAAAUGGCUAUUGGCUCGCCACGAAUCUUUAGAGAUGCAGAUCAAUUUGGAGCCGCGUGCGCCGGCACCACAGUUCGACCAUGAAAACAGAGUCCACAGCGAGCUUCUUAAAGCUUAUGAGCUUCAGAUACAGGAACGAGAACAAGCUUUACAGCACUGGAAGCAAAGAUAUUCGGAAGACACGGCCAAAAUUGAUAAACGCCUGACUAAUAAAUGUGAGCAACUGCGUGAAGCCAUAGCUUGUCGGCAAGAGUUGCAGAAAUUGUUUGACUUGCAUACUGGCGAGAUGCGUUCAUGGCUGACAUUCAAAAGCGAGCGAGCCGCACGUUUAGCCAGAGAGAAGCGACUGAAAGACGCCGCAACGCGUCUGCAGGCGUGGUGGCGAGGUGUCAUGGUACGCAAAGCUCUGGGCGUUUUUCGUUACCUGAAGAACUUGAAAAAGACUCCAACUAAGAAGAAGAAAUAGUAUUGUUAGAAUUAUACUUUACACAUUUGAAACAAAUAAAAUGUUUUUUUUUAUCGACUAAAGCAG